AUGAGUCUAAAGACCUGCGCACUGCCAAGGGACUUUCUUUACUUUGAUAGCUGGUUCGGUUUGCUGCCAUCAUUUGCUGCUGCAGCGCAGCAGGGCAGCAGCAGCAGCUGCUUUGACGAGUUCUUUGGCUGGCGGCUGGCUGGCAUAAACGCCUUCACCCUGCACAAAGUGCACCACGCAAAUGAGGACAUCAGUGGCGUUUGGAUGCGUGGCUUAGACCGUCUGCUGCAGUGCCGCGCUGCAGCAGCAGCACCAGCAGCAGAUCGGCCGCGGCUGCUGCUGCAGCUCUUUCUGCAGCAGCACCCCCCAAAUGAUGUUUGGAAGUAUCGCUCCCCGCCUCAACUAUAA